AUGGAUUUCAUCAGUGUGAUGACGUAUGACUUCCACGGUGACUGGGAUACUACCACUGGGUGCAACAGCCCCCUGUACUCGGGUUCCGACUGGUGUGACGUUGACUAUUUCAACUGCGCGUACGCGAUGAAGUAUUGGAGGGCUGAGAAACUCCUCAUGGGAUUCCCCACCUAUGGGCGCUCCUUCACGCUCAGUAGUAGUGGCAGCACAGGUCUCUGUGCUUCAGUCUCUGGUGCUGGCCCCCCAGGGCCGUAUACAGAGGAGGCUGGAUACUGGGCUUACUUUGAGGUGUGCGCUUUCCUCAAGGAUGCUGAAGUACGAUGGCUGGAGGAUCAAAAAGUCCCAUAUGCCUACAAAGGGAAUGUAUGGGUUACAUAUGAUGACAUUUGUAGUUAUAGAUACAAAGCCAAAUAUCUGAAAGACCAUAAGUUUGGAGGUGCCAUGGUUUGGGCCAUAGACUUGGAUGACUUCCGUGGUACGGAAUGUAAUCAGGGAAUAAAUCCUUUAAUAACUGAGCUGAAGCGAUUGCUUGAAACAAAUGAUCCCAUUGUGCCAAACUGCCCACUGGUUGAUCCUCCAACUCCCCCCACAGUUGACCCCCCAAGUACACCUACGGUUGAUCCUUCAGUUACGCCCACAGUUGAUCCCAUCAUCACUACGCCAGGGGAUUCAGGAGAUGAAACUUUUUGUGUUGGGAAAGUUGAUGGCAUCCAUGCAGACCCCCAAAACAAGUCAAAAUUCUACAUGUGUGUGGGAAACCAGACUUUUCAAUUUAAUUGUGCAGCUGGCCUGGUCUUCAAUGACAACUGCAAAUGCUGUGACUACCCAUAA